UUCGAGAGUGGUUUCUUUUAUUGAAGUGGUUCUUCGGCGUGGACCAGAUGCAUUCCGAAGGACACGAGGCUGACAAGCACACCUUUUUGGCUAAGGCAGAUGCCAACGCUUUGCUCGAGCCUAGAAUUAUCCGCCCACUCGAUCAAACUGUCAUUGAUCGAAUUGCCGCAGGCGAAAUUAUUCAACGGCCUGCCAAUUGCAUCAAGGAACUACUGGAGAAUUCGAUUGACGCCAAGUCUACCGCCAUUCAGAUUUGCGUUAAAGAAGGCGGACUCAAGUACGUGAGCAUCACAGACGAUGGUACAGGCAUAAGGAAGGAGGACAUGAAGAUAGUUUGCGAGCGCUGGACUACGAGCAAGCUGUGUCGGUUUGAGGACCUGCAGACUAUUGGGACUUAUGGCUUUCGUGGCGAGGCGCUUUGUUCCGUGAGUCAUAUUGCCCACGUGACGAUUGUUUCGAUGGUGCGCGGCUGCUCGAGCGCCUACAGAGCCACGUACCGUGAUGGGAAGCUUUGUGAGGACCAAAAAGGGUCACCCGAGCCGAAACCGUGCGCCGGCAUACCUGGAACGCAAAUAAUAGUCGAGGAUUUGUUUUACAACUAUCCGCUUCGGAAAAGAGCGUUUUCCGCGUCGGAGGAGUAUCACAGAAUUUACGACGUGGUUUCUAAAUACGCGAUUCACAACGCGGGUAUUGCGUUCAACUUGAAGAAGUUGGGUGAGAACCGAGCAGACAUAGCCACGAAGAAGGUUAAUUCGAUAAAGGACAAUAUUCGAGAGCAAUAUGGAUCAAGUUUAGUUAAGGAGUUGGUUCAGAUAGAACUGGAGGAGGCGCGUCCGUUCCAUUACAGAGUGUUUGGUUUUAUAUCGAAUGGUAAUUUGCAGGCGAAGAAGAGCGAGUUUAUUUUGUUCGUCAAUCAUCGAUUGGUGGAGUGUCCUGCUCUGAAAAAGAGCAUCAAGGCGCAGUACAGCACCGUUUUUUCGAAGGCGCCGUCGGCGUGGACGUAUUUGUCCGUAGAGUUAGAUUCGAGGUACGUGGACGUUAAUGUGCACCCGACGAAGAGGGAGGUACGUAUCCAAGACGACAGAGUGGUAUUUGGGAGGAUAAUGGAGUGCAUAGGAGCUGAGUUGGACGUGAUAGGCAUGACACGUGCAUUUGCUCAAGACAGAGCGGGCUCUCGCCUUGCGACCUCUGAGGCUAUUUGCUACAGUCGUUCUAGUGCCAAUGGGAAGAACGGCGUGGUGCCAUGGGAGAUUGACCGGAGUGAGAGUCGAACAAGAAGUAUGAACGCGUUUUUGGGGCCAUUGGAACGGCCGAAGUCAGUGCGCGAUUGCGAAGUUGAGUCGUUUGAGUGUCUGGACGUAGAUUUGAAUGGCUUGGAGCAGGGUUUGGAGUUGCAGAGGUUGGCGAGCGAGACGUCAUCGGAGUGGAAAGACGUGUCUAGUAAAAAACGAGCUAGAGAGCUUCUUGACGAGGGUGGAAGUCAAAGGACGUCCUCGGUGCAGAGGAUGUACAAGCCGGUCAGAAUUAAGCCUAGGGAAUCGCCAUCUCUGCUUUCUGUGAAGGAGCUGUUAUCUGAGGCGGAGAGGACCUCUCAUGUGGGCCUCAAGGCGUUGUUUCAUGAUUGCGCAUUCGUGGGGUGCGUAUCUCCUAGACAUGCGCUCGUUCAGUAUAAGACGCAGUUGUUUAUGUGUGAUAUGCACGAGCUGAGCAAAGAGCUGUUUUAUCAGGAGUGCUUACACAGGUUGGGCGAAUUGACGCCGAUUGAACUGACGGAGCCCGCGCCAAUCGUCGAGUUGGUCAAAAUUGCCCUCACUUUUCCGGAGGCCAAUUGGGACCCGCUGGACGGAGAUCCGGACGACAUCGGGCGAGCGAUUCAAAAGUCGCUGAUUUCAAAAAAAGAUUUGAUGGAAGAUUAUUACUCGGUACAAAUUUCUUCUGACGGGUACAUCAAAACAUUGCCCGAAGUCAUCGAUGGCCUUGUGCCGUUUGCUAUGGACGGGCUGGCCAUGUUCGUGUUGAGGCUUUACACGGAGGUGGGCUGGAUCGAGGAAAAGGAGUCUUUGGAGAGGAUAGCGAGGGAACUGGCUUUGUUGUACGCGCUACCGGACUAUGCUGAAGACGAGGACGGGCAGAUAGAUCACCAGAUGGCCUGGUCGGUCGAGCAUCAGCUCUUGCCGAGUUUGAGAGUUCGAUUCAUGCCUCCGACCGCGUUUGUGAACAGUGGGGCCGUGAGGUUGGUGACGAAGUUGAGCAAGUUGUACAGGGUGUUCGAGAGGUGCUGAGGCGAGGGAGUGGGUGUUUGCGCCAG